GGGCUAGCUCGCUGCAUCCUUUUUGCUCACGGGAGCGGGCGACGCUAGGCGGGCGGGAGGCUCUGGCUCGGCGUCACUCACGUCGACUCGGUCUCCUCGGUCGUAUGUCCGAAUCUCUCCUGUCCGUGACGUGCGAUCUCUCCGAAUUCUACCGGUCCCGAUUCGAGCGUGCCGCAUCCCUGGCGCGUCGGUUUUAGAGAAUAAAUAUAUCACCAAUUCGUCAAAAACUAAUUUUCCCCUCUCACCAUCUCUACUUUAAAUCUACUUUGCUUCAUAAUUUCUCAUAUUAAUUUAAAGAUUCCGUUGAUAAAUAAUAAAUAAGACUCAGCUGUGACUAUCGUCUCAACUUUUGUGAGUGAAAAAGAGGAUUGAUAUUGUUGGAGCAGUGCAGUGACCCAAGUCAAAGGCGGCAGUUUCGAGAUCCUGAGCUCAUUUGCAUCUUUUAGUAGAUAAUAUACAUCUACCUUACUAAAAAGUAACUUAGACGAAAUCCAACAUUAAGAUAAAGUUUACACGGAUUUUGAAAACAGGAACUUUAUGUAGUCAAAUUUCAAAAGAUACCUACCUACUAAAUCACCAAUGAAUCCAGCGCUUGCGGAGUAAUAGAUACCAUCUUACCCUGCCUGCAGUGAGUGCCAAGAGCCCCCGAGUCCCAGCCAUUAGAUUGAGUGGAGUGUCCCCUGCCCACACGUAGCCCCAUAAGCAGUCAAAAUUCCGCGAGACUCGACGGACUCCUCCUCCAGCAUGGAACUGGAGAAAACCCCCGCUCUCCAUGAAGAGGACUCCAAAGUCACCCUCACAAUCAGACUGAUUAUGCAGGGGAAGGAAGUUGGCAGUAUUAUUGGCAAAAAAGGAGAAAUCGUCAAAAGAUUUAGAGAAGAGUCUGGAGCUAAAAUCAACAUAUCAGAUGGAUCGUGUCCAGAGCGUAUUGUCACAGUCACUGGCAACACAACUGCUAUUUUCAAAGCAUUUACUCUCAUCUGCAAGAAAUUUGAGGAGUGGUGCUCACAGUUCAAUGAAAGUGGCGGCGGCGGGUCACGAGCGCCCAUCACGCUGCGGCUCAUCGUGCCCGCGUCGCAGUGCGGCUCGCUCAUCGGCAAGGGCGGCUCCAAGAUCAAGGAGAUCAGGGACGUCACUGGAGCUAACAUACAGGUAGCCAGUGAAAUGUUGCCGAACUCCACGGAGCGAGCGGUGACCAUCAGCGGGACGUGCGAUGCCAUCACGCAGUGCAUUUACCACAUCUGCUGCGUCAUGUUAGAAAGUCCACCAAAAGGCGCAACAAUCCCAUACAGACCAAAGCCAAAUGUAGCGGGGCCAGUCAUUCUCGCCGGGGGUCAAGCUUACACUAUCCAAGGAAACUACGCUGUACCGGCGCAAGAUAUGGGAGGGUUGGCUAAAUCACCGUUAGCAGGAUUGGCCGCGCUCGGGCUAGGAGGACUCGGACCCGCAGGGACUGGCGGUCUCAAUCCAGCAGCGUUGGCGGCUCUGGCCGGCUCGCAGCUGCGCACGUCCAACCAGACGCGCAACCAGCCCGCCGCCAACCAGCAGUCGCACGAGAUGACCGUGCCCAACGAGCUCAUCGGCUGCAUCAUCGGCAAGGGUGGUACUAAAAUUGCGGAGAUUCGUCAAAUAUCGGGCGCAAUGAUCCGGAUAUCAAAUUGUGAGGAGCGCGAAGGUGGCAGCACUGACCGCACGAUCACAAUCACUGGCAACCCCGACUCCGUGGCGCUGGCCCAGUACCUCAUCAACAUGAGGAUCACCAUGGAGACGGCCGGGCUGCCGCUGCCCGGCUACCACUACAUCGCGCCCAACCACAUCGUGAAGGCGCCGAUCCAUUGAAUGGGGCUCCGAGGCCAGACAUCCAACGUUGCGAAGUUUUACAACACCGACCGCUAUUACAUCCAACCGCAAUACGGGAAUCUGGCUCCGAUGUAUUUUUUCAAGUAAAAAUUUGACCAAACUAUUGGAAAACAAGAGGGGAAGCAAUUGGCGAAUAGCUGAACGUAUGUUUACAUUUGUUACGAGUUUAUAAGUAUUUUAGAUAUUCUUAUAUUUAUUCUCCAAUAUUUGAUUGAUUGGAGUACGACUUAUGGAUCGUGUGAUCGGUCGUCGCGAGAGCGGUAGAAUAUGGCACUCAUUGAGAACUAAAUUAAAGGACUGAAAUUUUGAUAGUUCGUUCAGUCCGUGAACAGUGCACGACGAUAAAAUUAUACAGAGUGCAUGAUGUUUAAUAAAUUGUUCUAUGUUUUAGUACCUUUGUUCACUGUUCAGGGAAUAAGAUUUCCGACGUCGAGAGUGACUAAGCUGAUCGAAUUUACUAUGGAUUUAAGCGGUCAAAUAAUUUUCGGUUGGUUCUGUUCAUUGUUAUGGUCGGUCCCAGCUGACCUCAAAUAUAUUGUUCAAAAUGAUCUAACGAGCGUCGGCGUACAUUAGAUGUAGAUGCGUUACAAUCGACCUCGGAUCCGCUGACGUAGCUUAGUGUUAGAUUAGCGAACAGAGUGAGAGGGUUAAAGACAAUAUUUGUAAAUAACAUAUUCGUAAUUACCUGGCAAUUAGGUGUUACAAUAAGCAAUCUUACAAGCUUGCGGUUAAUGGCGAUUUUUUCCUGUAAUUGGAAUGUUUUAAUUAUAGAAAAAUAUUCAUAAAUGUUUUGCAUAGGUUAGUUCGAAUAAAUUGUUGGCAGGUUGAAACUCGUAAAAGAGUGCGUGCAAGUAGGUAAUCGUAAUGAAUGUUGCUUUUUAUAAUGAGUUAUGUUGUCACUAGCCGCCAGCUUGUAAGUUACCAAGGCUCGUCGUGCGAGCGCGGCGCGUCUUCGAAACCGAUGGGAUCAAAUCCUUUAAGAAACUUACAUUAACAGAGAAACGGUGGUGAACUGAAACAUUCAGUAUAUUAUAUUUUAAAAUAUUCGUCUAUUAUCACAAAAAAAGACGUUAGAUGUAAAAAUAGUGUUACUAAAUGUGAUAGUCUUCUAAUUUAUUUAACAUUUGAAUAAUAAUUCUAACAUAGACACCUCGUGUACAUCGGUAACUGCGUUGUUAAGUCGAAUAUUAUUGGUCCAGGGAUCAAAGCCAAAGAUUUUUGAAUUUGUUUGACAUAUUACUGUUGUGAAUUUAUGCUAAAUUAUUCUGGGAGUAGUUAACAUUUAGCGGAUUAAGAACAUUUUAAUUGAAUUACUUUAUUGCCCUCUCCAGACUGCUCAUGGUAUUUAGUCUUAGAUUGAGAUUUUAGAUAGUCUGUGGUAAGCGACAUAAAAAAAUGAAAAAAUAAAUAAAAAAGAAUAGAAUAUAAUAGAGAUAAGAUAAGUAUAAGACCAGUGAACUAAGAUGCUUUCUAGUAAAGUAUUUUUGAUCUAGAAAAACAGUGCCACUUUUUCACUGACGUCUUUGUGCCAAAUACAAAUAACAAAUGCUAAGAAAAAUUCAGGUCAAUAUUUUAAAGAGACCACUCGUUAUUCUAAACUAUUCUUAAAAUAUGGAAACAUUCAUUUCAAACACAAAUAAUUAAUUUUGCACCCUAGAUUAAGAGAACCUUCACAAGUAGGAUAGGAGCUCGGAAACAUAUCCAAAUAACAUAUUAUUAAACCUAUCGUCUUCCCUAUCAAUAUUUCGUUAUGAACUAAAUAUUUUGUGCCAAAUUGUAUAAUUUACCUAUAUCAUACAUUUUUUUUUAUGUUUGUGACGUUUUUAAAACUAUUUUAUAGUAAGUAAUAAUUAUAUUUAAAACUUUAUGUUUACAGCUAAUACUAGUGCUAGUCAAAUUGGUCUGAAAAUAAAAGACAAAAAUUUUAUUUAGUAAAUUCUAGUCAAAAUUUAUUUCGUUUGGACACUAUGAUUUCGUGUUAAAAUACAUUUUAUUUGUUUUAUUAUGAAAAGCAAAAAGUAUUGAGAUAUGUAUUGUGUGUGCUCUCACUUAAGUAUUUUAUCUUAGCAAUAAAAAUCAUAAUUCAAUUAUUUAUUUAAAAAAAAUUACAAAUAAGACAAUGUAUAGAGCUUUUUAACUAUAAGUAACAAGCAGGUGUAAAAUAGAAUAUAAUCUAUAUGAAUUAGGUACUCGUAAAGAUUUAAAACGUUAGUCGAAAGAGAGAGGAAAUUUUAUAGCUGUGAUGUACGAUUGAAAAGCAUUUUUGUGCUGCAUGCUACGUCAGUUUAAACUGAAGGAGUACUGUCAGGAGGAAUGAGGUAGUUCUAGGAUUCGCUUAAUAGAAGCACCGCGAUAUAAAGAGUCGAGGAGAAAGAAUCUAGAACGUUCUAAAGAAUGUGAACAAGCGGCAAUUUAUUUCGUUCACAUUGCUUGCUAGUAAUGGCAAUUGUAACGCAGAUACUUUCUGAUAAAGAAGUAUUUAUUAGACUAUUGGUGUUGUUAUAUUAUACAUUUAGUACAAUGACAUUUUAAUAAAUGUACUAUUUUCACGUAUGUAUACAUAAUUAUAUUAAUAUAAUUUGCAAUAAAUAAAACAUGAAAUAUUGUAAUCGUAUUAUCUUAGGUAUUAUUGUUACUGUUAUUUUGAUUUGCUCAAUUAUUUAAAUACUUAUAAAAUAAGCUAGAUCUGAAAUUAUAAUCAUGUUAGUUUUGUUGGAAUUUAAUUGUAGCAUAAGACAAUGCGGAAAAUGCAUCAUGUUUUAAAAUUAAUAAGCACGAAAGUUUUACUUCAGUGAAACUCUACAGGGGGCCUAGCACCAAAUUUUGACAGCUACAAUGUGACGAUUGCAAUCGCUUUCGACUGGCACUCUCUGCUAUUGGACCAAAUGCGAAUUUUUAACCAAAACAACAAUAAUAACGUCAAAAACGAAUUCGCAAUGCAAUAAUUUUAAUAGGUAUCGCAACUUCGGGACUAGGUCACAGCCACAGGCAUAAAAUGUCAUGAUGAAAGUACUGAGGAUUUUUUUAUAAUGAACAUUACAAUUUGCAAUACUUGCUAGGUACCAAUGGAUUUAGAAUUAACCAAUGAUAUUAUGUAGCCUGACCGUCAACUAGCUAAGCUCCUACUGCCAAUUUUAAACUGCGAUGCAUUAGGGGCAAAGUAAAGAGUUGCAAGGCUGCAGUAAGAAGGAAAUGACGGGGAGUCCGGAAGAUUUGCAAUUUUAAAUAUUAAUUCAAAGAUUUAUACUUACAUAAUUGGUUGUACAAAUGCAAUAUGCGUAUUUAAAAUGAGAAACGAACUUUUUUGCGUUUAAAUGAUUCACGUUUAAUGUUUUGCUGUUUCCUUCGAUUAUAAAAAUUAUUACUUCUUAAUUAUUAGCCUUUAUAGACAGGGUCAGACUGCGCUGUAAAAUAGUGUAAUUAAAAAUCAAUUUUAGCAAAUAUUUACUAAAUGUAAUAGUAAAUUUUUAUUCGUGUUAGCACCUGAAUUUUUAAUUGUUAUUGCACCUUUUUGGAAUUCCCUCUAUUGAAUUUUGUGAAUCUUAGGGCAUGGUGAGAAUUGUCAUUUGUGGAGAAAACUUUGUAUGAAAAUUAUAAAUCAUUCCUUUUAGACUGCGAUUUAAAGAAAAAGGACAAUGAAGAAAAUCAUUUCUUAAUAUAAUGUGCAUAUUAAACAACGUACCUCAAGGUUUAAGAUGAUUGAAUAAAUGGGUUGUGUAGCAUGUUGUGCAGUUUACAUACAAUAGUCUACUCCAUAUACCUAAUGUAUUGUCUUUGUCAUUCAAAUACACGCUCCCGUUGGGAGCUUCAAAUCUCAAUUUAUAUUGUAGAGAUCAGGGUAAAAUAAUAAUAAUUGUUAUUAUAGUCAAUAUAUAUGUUUACUUCACAAGUUUAAAGUCACUUUACAAAUACUUCUAAAGCUAAUUAUGUUACACGAGAAUAUUUAAAUGUAAUAUGAUUGGUAAAAUAACUAAUAUAUACUAUUUCAAGAUAAUUAAAAGUAAAAUACGUUUUGGGAUAACGCUCGCAGUAACUAUGCAAAAGAUCCGAAUGAACAAAUGGAGAGCGAGAUGCUUUAUGUUGUCUUUUUACCUUGUCUGCCAUUUGAUAAUAAUUGCCCCUGAGCGCUAAAUGGAAGUUAAAUAUGCUAUUUGACUAGUAUAUUAAUUGUGGAACACUAUCGCUCAAAAAUUAUUUAUCUCGCUCGCACAUAGGCGACCAUCUGCUCCCCACAAUCAUAGCGACAAUGCUUCUGCGCAGCUUUUUUUUAUCUACACGGCAUGGCCAAACCGAGAGAGAGAGAGAUAGAGAGGUGUUGCACUGUUCGUACUAUGACUGCAAUUACUCCAUGUAAGCGAGAAACCCAUAUGCACUGAUUCUGCUUGUUUGGCACCCAUAGUUGUCCUUCUCAGUCAAAUGAAUAAUUCGAUGUAAUUGAAUACUAUAGUGUAUACGAAAACGUGGCAAUUCUUGUGCAAGUGGGCUGUGCCAUAUUGUUUCUAAUUUCAUUUAGGAAUAAAACUUGAACUUUUGGACUGAAUAUAGUUUAAGAUCAUUGCCAGUUUAAUAACUACUAACAAAAUCGAUCAGUCGCUAUUGCACUUUUGAUAAGCAUUUAAAAUUAUUUUAUAACAAAGUAACCUUUCUAAUAAAUUCAGAAAUCCCGAUGAAAUACUAAAAUUAUUUAUUUAUGUAUCGCCAUAAUUAAUUAUCAUCUGAAAAUAGGUUCAACUCGUGAAUUUGAAAUAUCUUUUAAACAUGUGAUUAAAUUUUAUUUUAAUCCAAUUAUAUACCUACUUACACGUAUCCAUGAAUUUUUAUUGUACCUACAAGGUUCUGUCUUUGAAAUGCAAGUUGGUAAUCUAAUUUAUUCAAUCCAGAGCAAUAAUAAAAAUGUGCAUCUUAUAUUUUUAACUAUGAUUAAUUAAGUAUACAUUGAUGAUUAGAUUUUUAUAUGCUUUCCCUUAGAAAUUAGUUCGAAAUUAAUCUUAAGACUUUUAUGUACCUAUUUAGUGGUGGGUGGUGUAAUUUUAUUAGAUUGGUAUACUGACUAGAUACAUUCAUUAUUGCAAGUUGUGAUUUAUUGGAUCGCAUGUAUUUUAUGCAAUGAUUUCAAUUGGGAAAUAUAGCUAAGUAAUCUAUUUUUUCUAUGUAAAAACCUACUAUGUAUUUUAUCAAGAUUAUUGUUGAGAGUAGAUUUAAAUUAAUAUUUAUAACUAACCAUUUACGUCUACCCUAUGUAUUUUAUUAAUGUAGUAAAUUAUUUGAGGAACUGGCAAACUAAACUUCUGAUCAAAAUACUUAUUUUUUUAUUUAAUCCGAAUGUUGUAUCUUCACUGAAUACAAAUCUGAAAUCCAAGCAAAACGGCCCGAAACUGGACUAAGUUUGAGUCAUGAUUUUAAAAUGGAUUUUAAUCAGUAACUACAAACUUGAACUCAUUUCCAAGAAAAACGGACUAAACCUGUUGAGUCCUAAUUUCGAUUUUUCGAUCACAUAUAAAUAAUCAAAACAUAAUGAUUAUAGUAAAGUUUUUCAUAAGAUUCUUUCAUUUGUUUGCUUCACAUGUAAAAUUUUAUUUUGAGCAAUUACGUUCACGGUUUUGUUCGCCAGCUCAUUAUUUUUAAUCUGAACACUUUCUAUUAAAGAGAUAAUAUAUAUUUUUUGAAAAUAAUCUGAACAGAAGCUGUAGCUUUUUACAGCUCUGUAGGUAUAUAUGAUUCUUAAAAACUUUUUUAAUUUUUGAAGACAGAACCUUAGUAAAAGUAGUACUUAACGGUUUGUUUUUGCAAGAAAUUAGUGAUACUAUAGAUAGGUGACACGUAGUUCAACAGUUAGAUUUUCACUUGUCAUAUCUUUCAAAUAUCAAUGUAAUUGUCGACAUAUCUAAUCGUUUUGUGAAUUGAAUUGAUUAAUGUUAAUAUAAAUGUUGUACGUACGGUUACAGUAUACUGUCAUUAUGGUUAGUUUCGAUAUAAUUAAUGUUUGUUUUCAUUAUGUUUAUUCAAUAAAGUGUGUAAAUAAAA